CCCUAAUCAAGUUUACAGGAAAAACAAGUGCACUCUCCUUUAUAGAUCGAAUGUUUUUCAGCCCGAGCUGUGGAAGGGAAGAAACUCAAGCGGAAGGAUUGAGUUCUGGUGCUGAUAGGUUACUCAUUAUCUGUUCCUGCCUGGCUGCUGGUAAUGUCAUUGACCCGCUGGUAACAGGCCUUUCGUCUUUGUGCUCCGUUGGGACGUGAGUUGAAAUUUGCGAUUGUAGGGUCACGUCUGGUCUGGUCGUCUAGAGUAUUUUCUGCUCCCUUCCCCACGACCAGAUUAGCCAGGCCUGCUAAUUGGAGGUAAUGGAUUGGAGUUGGCUCCCCUCCAUGCUACUGGGUGCCGGCUGCGUAGCUUUAGGUUAUUGCAUUGGCUCUCGCCGCCAUGUUUUCGCCUUUCUCCGGCCGAAACUGGGUAACGGUUCCAGUGGUAAGAGCGCCGGCAAACGCAAGUCGAAGGAACCCCUUGAGAUUGAAAAGCUCGCAGAUAUUCUCGAAGACUUCAAAAUGGUUCUGGUCGUUCGGAAUGAUCUUAAGAUGGGAAAAGGCAAAAUCGCCGCACAGUGUAGUCAUGCAACUUUGGGACUUUAUAAGAAGCUGCUUAACCGAGGACCAAAGGCUUUGAACAGGUGGGAGAUGUGUGCACAGCCAAAGGUGGUUCUCAAAAUUGACACUGAGGAGGAUAUGCUUCUUUUGCAAGAGAAGGCUAAAUCACUGAAAAUACCUAGCCACAUAACUAUUGAUGCAGGGAGGACUCAGAUUGCCCCAAAUUCUAGGACUGUGAUGGCUCUCCUUGGUAAGAACACUCACCUCAGCUUGCUCUUGGCUUUGAUCUGUACUGGAAACGGAUGGAUGCCUGGACCCGUGGAGGUAGUAGAUGAGGUCACAGGAGGUCUAAAGCUGUUGUAGGCGUUCAGGUACGCCCAGUGAACGGGGCGAUACAAAACACAACGUACCACCGGCACCAAGGUCAUUUUUGUCCCCGGGCCUAUGAUCUUAUUGUCAUUUAGCUGCGCUGUUGCCAGCGACAACCGCUGCUGGGUGUCGUAGGGUCGUAGACAUUGUCACUGUCAUUUUGUUCAGCAUUUCGGUUCGUUGGAAGGAAUACUCAUAUGCUGAUUAACAACGAGGAACCGAAUGACUUAUAUAUGGACAGCAAGCUCUUUCAUUACUGUGACGGAGUAUCUGCGCUUGUGGUUGUAAUGUUGAUGAGAUGUUUUACUAUUCUAAAACUGUCACCAAACUUCGUCGUUG